UAAAUAAUCAAGUGUGACGUCAUAGUAAAUAUAUGUUUAAUUUUUUAUUGCGUUUUGCUCAGACCAUCGUUUUCUCAAUUAUAUAUGUACAAAAGUAACAUUUAAUAAGGGUGAUUCAAAAUUUAAUAAUUGAACAAUUUCCCUAGAACUAGUUAUAAAAAUUGUUACUGUAAUUAAAUCAAUAAGUUACUCAUCAUUAAUUUGGAAACCCAAUAAAAUCACAUAAAUUAUUACUAAAGAAACUUCAUUUAUAUGUCAAUCAAUUCUUUCUUAUUGCAUGAUGGAAAAUAUUUUGGUGCAUCACAAAUUUAAAGCUUUUCUGCAUCUGUUAUUACGCGUUCCAUCUGUUUUUUUGAUGGAUACAAUAUGCAAUUCAAAAAAUUGUAUUUCUUUUGAUGGCUGGUUUAUAUUUAAAACUGUUAUUAAUGAAAUAAUUCAAUUACCUAUUACUAUAAAAUCAAAUACUUGGAUAAAUCAUCUCUCUCUAUUUUCCUUUGAAACUCUUGCUUCUUUCUUUCUGCAAGCCUUUGGUUUCUUGGUUGCUGCAAUACUGUUUGUUCAAGAAACUCAUCAUCUGAUGUCAUUUUACUUAUCAGCUGCUUCUCUUGGAGUCAUUUUAUGGUCUUACAUAUUGAACAUCGAAUUUAUAAAAUUUUGUUCUGAUCUUUUAGCUCAACAUUCCACCUUGCAGCAAGAGCUUUUCAAUAUUAAUCAAAAUGCUGUCCAAGUAUUUUUUUACAAUUAUGUAUCUCAAACAUUCUUAGCAUUAGUAUUUUGUUUCUCUACUGUGAAUCUUUCUUACUUUACUCAUAAAAAAUUUUUAAUUGCUGUUUUAUUUAUUUUCCCCACCUUAAUAAAUGCUGCAUUGCCUUCUUUUUCUUUUGUUACACCCAUCUUAGUUUCUGUGGUAACCUGCAUUAUUUUAGUUGUUCAUUUACUGAAAUGCCUUCCAAACUUGCUGAUUUUUCUUCACGAAAACCUGUUUCCCUUUCAUUUGUCCUUUAACAUUCACCACAAUUUAAAUUUAUUUGGGUAUUUUUGGACUUAUUACAAAGUAACUCAAGUUUUGCAGUUAUUUACUACUAUCCGUCUCAUUAAAAUAUUUAUAUAUUACAUGUAUGAUGAUGUUUUAAAUGAGCAUUAUGAAAAUAUUUUUUCAUUAGUUCGUGCAAAAUUUAUUAUGUCUCACAUUGUUAUAAUUAGUUUUGAAAACGUUGUUGCAAUUUCUGGCACAGCAACCGUUCUUUCUUUAUUUGUUGAAAAGGUUUACAACUUUUUACAAGAAUUUCUUAUCAUACCUAAAGAAGAACAAAUUAGUGUUUCAGCUAUGUUUUCACAACUGUUAGUUUUAUUGGGCAUCAAAUUUAGUGUUAUGAAUCUCCCACCGAGUAGUCGUUUAAAUAUGGUAUCUAAAAUUAGCUGGGUUAUGCUUAUUUCUGUACUAAGCAGAUUUAAUGUACAAAUUAAUAAGCAAUUGAUAUUAUUAAGCGCGACAGGAAGUACACCACAAAGACAUUGUAGGGUUUUGAUUGCUCUUUUUGUACUUUUAUUUGUUUGUGUCUCAUACUUGUUAUUUCUACAAAGAACAAAUGCAUUUGAAACUUGGUCAUUUCCUUUAACUGUUUUUGUAGCUGAAAUAUUGAUAAAUCUUCUAAUUAGUGCAAUGAUAUAUUUUUUAAAUUUGAUUCACUCUUAUCGCUAUACAAUGUGGUACGAGAUUUAUGACUACAUUUACUAUCUUGAAAGUGCAAAAGACAUAAUUACUCUUGUGCUUUCAGUAUUACUUCUCUUAACUGGUAUCAAUAAACUUAUGGAAUCUGGCAGUAUGUUGAGAUUGUUCUUUAUUUUCAUUCAUUUUUACUAUAAUAUUUGGAGCCAACUUUUUUCUGGUUGGCAUGCCUGGCAGGAAAGGCGUUUAAUUUUUCAUAGUGUCAAUGCCUUGCCCAUUGCUUCUAAAAAAGAGGAUGGUGUAUGUGCUAUUUGCUUAAAUGAUAUAAGUAAACAUAUUACAUGCAUAACGCGUUGCAAUCACUUUUAUCAUUCUUAUUGUCUUAGGAAAUGGUUGUGUGAAAGAAAGACUUGUCCUAUAUGUCAUAGAACAAUAUUGCCAAGUAGCAGUGUCAAUGCAAGAGAAAGACAAAGGUUCCAUAACGAAAGUGUUGUCUCUUGAAAUUAAAAACCCAACUUCACUUCAUUAAUAUCACAAUUAUUUAUGAGUUACUGUUUCACAGUAUUUUACAAUUCUAUAGUAUAUAUUUAACUCCAAAUUGUUAAAUUAAAACACAUCUCAAGUACAUAACACUCUGUUAAGUAAAUAAAAUGUUAUACCAUAAAAUUAAACAAAUACCUUUUAGAAGCAUUACAUUUAAAAGGUUGUAUAUAUUUUUCUGAAACUUUUUUUUUUUAAUAGUAACACAAUCGUUCAGUUCUAGAAAUAAAUAUGACCAUGGCCCAUUAUUUUAUUGACACUCCACACGCUUUAAUAAAAUGCUUGAAAAAUAUGUUCCAAAUGACCUUGCAAAAGAUCACAUUGAAAAGUUCUUUCAUUUUUGCCUAUUUAAAACAAAUAUUUGAAAACUUUAAACUUGUCUAAGAGUAAAAUUAUUCUAACCUUCUUUAAUUAACCUUUCUUAGAAACACAAAAUCUGUGACCAAAAACCUAUUAUUACUGAAAUAACUUAAAUGAAACUGUUUUAUUCUGAUUGAGUAAUUGCUACUUUCUUUAGAAUUUUAU